AGUUGUGAGUGGAAUAUUAAAGUGUGGAAAGACAUUACAUGUCGCGAUGUCAUCGGCCGCUAAGGAAACAACGGACUGUCGUCAUGCCUUAAUGGUGCUAUUAAGUCUGGGCCUGUGUCUCGGAUUAUGUAAUGCAACUGCAGACGGUGAAACUAUGCAAAAAUACGAAAAUGAAUCAGAGGCACCAAAUUGGUCACAAUUUCUCGAAGACUAUGUUUUAAGUCAGAGCAGCAGCCAACGCAAGUCCAAAGAUCUUGGCUAUAUGGGCAACGAUAUGAAUGGACCCAUUAGUUAUCAUUCCUCGGCUUACAAACGUCCCGGCAACAAUAUCUAUAUAACACGACGCAUUGGAGAGGCUGUAGAGUUGGAGCCACAUCUGCGUACGCCGGUGGAAAGUCAGAGUCCGAUUGUAAAUCCUCAGUUUCGGCCCAUGACCAACCAAAUGUUGCACCAGCAACAGCAGCAACACCAACAACAGCACCAGCAGCAACAGCAGCAACUACAACAGCGUCAACAACCCGGAUUUUUGCAACAACUUUUUGGUUUCGGUGGUUCAACCGACGGUGGCAGCUCCAGCAAUGCCCCAUCGCCGCCACCCCAGGCACACUUUCGUCCGGUGCCGCUGCAACAAUCACCAGCGCACUCCCCGCAGCAACACUUGUCUCAUGGCAGUCCACCCAACACAUUUCGCGCUGUCUCCGAAAACGAUUUGUAUCUACUUGGCGCCAUUGAGAAGCUGGUUUAUCGCGUUGAUUAUUUGGAAAGUCGAGUGCGACGUACGGAGCAGUUAAUCUAUUAUCUGAUGGCCGGCAACAAUCAGAAGGAGGUGCGAGAUCCUUGUCCCGCCAACUUUACGCGCAUCAGUGACAAUUGCUACUAUAUAAACAGCCAGCAACAGGUAAACUGGAAGACAGCAAAUACAGCAUGCAAGGGACUCUCUGCCCAUCUGGCGGAAUUCGAGAAGGUGUCCGAGAACGAGGAGAUCAUGGCCUAUUUGCUUAAUCAGCCGUCGCACAGGGGACGCGAUUAUUGGCUGGGUGGUCUUAACCCAGGUCUAUUGUGGAUUUGGUCGAAUUCCGCCAAGCCCGUCAAUCCGAACACAAACCUUACAUCGAUAGCGAUGUCACCGAAGGGUGAAAAUUCGACGGCCGCCAAUCUGGUGGACAGCAGUGAGCAGACAGCGGAGGACAACGAUGUGCUCAACAAUACCGUCCAGAUUGAGGGCAAAGGACGUUGCCUGCGCCUCAGUUACAAUGCUGGCAAACAUAGCUAUGUGUACUAUGGACAGGAGUGCACUUCCAGACACUAUUACAUCUGUGAGUACGAGGACAAGACGCUGGACAAUAAGAUCCAGAAGAUAGCACGCGACUUGAAGCUCUUUGAUUAAAGAUGAAUUUACAAAAUUAAUUGGAUGUGAUGUCAAGUAUAUUUGAAUACCUAUUUAAUUUAGCCAUAGACAG